AUGCAAGAGUGGGCAGCACAGUUAGCAAAUGGGAAAUUGAAGAUGCUUGCUGGGAUCGCAUUUGUUAAUCAAAAUCACUGGAUUGCUAUCGUUAUUGAAGGCACAUCAAGGACCAUCCGAGUUGGAGACUCACUGUUUAGUCCGACGAUGUCCCAACAAAUCCCCAUCUAUGCGACUUCACUAGUCAAUGCACUUUCUCGAUGGCUUGCCCAUCCUCCCUUUGCAAUGCAACCCAUCAAGACUGUUCCACUCCCCACUGUGCAACAGGAUGAUCAUUUCUCGUGUGGUCUUUAUGCACAAAAUACACUUGACAGUGUUUUUCGGCCUUGGACAUCUGGAGUCAAGUGUCUACCAACAUGCUACUCUCCUCUUGCCCUGAUACCAUUCCCACCACCUGUGAAUCCUGAGGACGCUGUCCCAAAAAUCGAGGCAACAGUGUCAAAGCUAGAUCUUUGUACUCCAGGAGUGGUAGGAGGCAAGGGGAUACUCAAGUUUUUCUCUCAAAUUACCCAAGAGGUGAAGGCUGUUGAGAUAAAGCAACAAUUUGAAGUGUUACAUGAAUCAUCUGCAUCACGGGCUGAGGCUGCAAAGUUGAGGGCAGCAACAGUUGUAGCUAGUCGAAGGGAAUACAACUGGUUGCGACAAGCUAAUUUACAUGCUAGUUGGAAGAGAACUCUCACCGAUGUGCCAAAAAAUGAUGGUGAUAAAAAGUGCCAGAUCGACACUCCAGAUAUCAUGACAAGCUCACAAAGCCUAUUUCAAAGCGCUGGUCCACUGAAUGUUGCUCAAGUGUCACAUCCUAAGCAUGGACUUAUGAUCAAGGAACGUGAGACAAGUAAGAUGAAAGGCCCUCACCAAUCUGGAUGGCGACAGACAAAGGAGAUCAAAGAAGCUGUUCGGACAUAUUGGUGGGCCCCCACUUUCUUUCUACUUCUAACAGAGGCAGCAGAGAAAGUUUGUUGGGUGGGCCCAACCAAGAUUGUACAGCAGGCACAAUGCACAUCACCUUCGCUAUCCAAGAAGCUCACAUCUCAAGUGAUUGGGAGACAUAUUGUCAAAGGGAAAGGGUGGAAUGAUGAUGCCUUAAGGAAGGCAGCACAACGAGAGUCUCCUGGGGGGAAAACAACUUGUUCUACCCUUCUAUAUUCGAGAAGAAUUGAAAAAGGGCUCCCAGAACUACAAUGGCGGAUGGUUGGUACGCUUGUCAAGGCAUUUUGCGAAGUAAACAAACCCCACAUUGUACUCAAGGCCUUUGAGAAAGCACAAUCAGGCGAAUUCAGUCUAGCAAAUUCAAGUCUCACUAGCCCAGGGAUGCUGGACAUCCUGAGGACCCUCCAUAUCGACAAUCCACCACUCUUUUUGGAGUUUUCCAAACCACACUCAGUCCCCAAAGUACCACUGAACUGCACUCAACAUACAGAUGGCAUACAAUCAGAUGAACCUCCAUUUCCGUCUGAUGAUAAUGAACCAUCCAAUGUCCCCUUCAGCACUGCACUUGCCCACGCUGUCACUGGGGAGAUUCAUGAGGGCCAUCUGCUUCAGCUGGGCAUGAAAUCCAUUCAGCCCCGACCUACGCUUGCGAAUGAACUGGAUAACGACUUUCCUGAGGAGGAUGCCAAUGAUAUGGGUUCUAAUUCAUUGCUUGGUGAUGGUUCAAGCGAUGAUGACUACAAUGACAGCUUGGUUUCUUGUAGUAGGGAUUCAAUCCCUUCGGAGCCGGUGCGCCAAGGGGAGAGGAUGAGGAAACCUGUGGAUUUAGUGGCAUGA